UUCAACUCUCCUCAUAAAUGAUAUGCGCCAAUAACAACAUCUAUUAACUUAUGCGGUGUUAAAACUAUCUUUUCACCAAAAAUGCCUGGAAACACAACAAAAGCUAGCCUUAGUCAUCAUCAAUCUUUCGACAUCGAACGUUCCAUAGACGAUGUGGUUUCUCAAGCAGAUAGUGCCUCUAAAUGCUAUGAUGACGACGGCCGUCUCAAACGAACCGGAAGUGUUUGGACUGCAAGUUCACACAUAAUAACAGCUGUGAUAGGUUCUGGAGUGUUGUCUUUGGCUUGGGCUAUAGCUCAGCUAGGUUGGAUUGCUGGUCCUGCUGUUAUGAUACUAUUCUCUUUGGUUACUGUCUAUACUUCUUCUUUUCUCGCGGAUUGUUAUCGCGCUGGCGACCUCAAUUCCGGCAAAAGAAACUAUACUUACAUGGACGCGGUUCGCUCCAUUCUUGGUGGAGUAAAUGUUACGUUUUGCGGGAUAUUUCAGUACCUGAAUCUAUUUGGAAUUGUAAUAGGAUACACCAUUGCUGCUUCUAUUAGCAUGACGGCGAUCAAAAGGUCGAACUGUUUCCAUGAAUCCAAGGACAAAAACCCAUGUCACAUGUCAAGCAACCAUUUCAUGAUCGCUUUUGGCGUAAUGGAAGUUUUCCUAUCUCAAAUUCCAGAUUUUGAUCAAAUAUGGUGGCUCUCAUCAGUUGCUGCAGUCAUGUCUUUUACAUAUUCCAUAAUUGGUCUUGCUCUUGGAAUUGUCAAAGUUGCAGAAAAUGGUACUAUCAUGGGUAGCCUCACAGGAAUCAGCAUUGGAGCUGUAUCAGAGACUGAAAAGAUAUGGAAGACUUCUCAAGCUCUCGGUGACAUAGCCUUUGCAUAUUCAUACGCGGUGGUUCUCAUUGAAAUUCAGGACACGUUGAAAUCUCCACCAUCCGAGGCAAAAUCGAUGAAGAAAGCAACAAAGAUAAGUAUUGCAGUGACCACAACAUUUUACAUGCUUUGUGGCUGCAUGGGAUAUGCUGCAUUUGGAGAUGCAGCGCCCGGGAAUCUUCUAACUGGUUUUGGUUUCUACAAUCCUUUUUGGCUAGUAGACAUAGCAAAUGCAGCGAUAGUAGUUCAUCUAGUUGGAGCAUACCAAGUUUUUUCCCAACCAAUCUUCGCCUUUGUGGAGAAAUCUGCAACACAGAGAUGGUCCAACAUUAACAGAGAAUUCAGAAUUGCGAUUCCUUUUCUUCCGCCUUACAACUUGAACUUAUUUAGAUUGGUUUGGAGGACAAUGUUUGUUAUCUUAACCACUGUUAUAUCAAUGUUGCUUCCAUUUUUCAAUGACAUGGUUGGAGUUAUAGGUGCACUGGGAUUUUGGCCUUUAACUGUUUAUUUUCCUGUGGAGAUGUAUAUCUCACAGAAGAAAAUACCAAAAUGGAGUAAUAGAUGGAUUUGCUUACAAAUCUUUAGUGUGGCUUGCCUUGUAAUAUCAGUAGUUGCUGCAGUUGGAUCCAUCGCUGGUGUCUUGAAUGAUCUGAAAAAAUACAAACCAUUUCAAUCAAACUAUUAAGCUUCAAUUUCUUGAGGUGUGUGUAAGAAACUACUGCAUUGGCAGUGAUGUAUUGAAUAUGAUGGCUAUGGUUUUGGUUUGUGUGUAUCAUUAUCUUAUAACUCAAUUGAAUUGUUAUGAUCCAUUAUCUUGGUCAAUCAUUGGUUUGAAUGAAUGGAGUACCAAUUUACUGUA